ACACACACACACACACUCACUCACACACACACACACACACACACCACUACAGUAUAUCAGCGAGUGACUAGCGGAGAGCCAGAGGGGAGUGCAGAAAUGAAUGUGAAGAUCCUGACGCUGGUGAUUGUGCUCUUGGUGUCUCUGCUGUGUUCUGCUAGUGCUGGUCCCAUGGCCUCCAUGGAGCAUGGCAGAGAACUAGAAGAGGCCUCGACAGUGAGAAAAAUGGUCCAGCAAAGCCCUGCAAGGGGCGGUCAGACCCACAGACCAGCCGGCUGGAAGAGGAGACGCCCACGGCCCCGUCUUUCCCACAAGGGGCCCAUGCCAUUCUAGAGCAAGGCACUGCAUUGAGCGCCCACCCCCAGGUUCUGAUUUCUAUGCUCUUCCUUUGCCUUGGGGGGCCUUGCAAUGAAGGGCCUAUGCUUGCCCAGCCUGAAGAGUGAUGUCCAUAGCACCUGCUGGUUCUUCAAGCAACUCUGUCCACAAAAAAUCAGGACAAGCCACCUUACCCCCAUCUCUAGAAAUGGGGGCAGGGAAGGGAGGGUGGGAGGUAUUGAGCCCGAGCUACCAGACUCUGUUUCUCUGUCUCUCUUUUUCUUUCUCUCACUCCCUUGCUAAUUAUCUAUCUCUGUCUUCUCCCAAAUUAUAAUCAUUUUUUAUUUGUUUUCUAUAAUUUGGUCAGUAGAGCCCAGUAGUGAUCUCCCUGAGUGUCUCACACACUUUGCAUGACAUGUGGUGGAGAGGGAGCCCAGUCAAAACAAUCUGAGUCUUAAAGCAUCUGUCACUUCUCCAUGGUGUGGUAUUUCCAUCUCUCCAAUACAAGGUUACUGCAGACACUGAUUUCUUUGCUGUGUAGCUACUUAACAGCUUUACUAGUAAGAGAGGACACUGAUCAUGCACAAGAGUAGUGAAACUUAUAAAAAAAAUCAUAGGUUUACUUUAUGAUAUUCUGGAUGUCUACUGUAAAAUGAAUUCUUAGGUUUUGUGCUUAUGAAAGAGCAAGAGCGUGACAUCUGAACAACCAUGACACCAUUGCCUAAUUAUCAUUGUUAACGGUGCUUUGAAACUCCUAAUGUAAAGUAAAGCUGGACUGAAGAGAGCACAUAUUGUAGAAACAAUCUAUUUAAGUGACAGAAUAAUUCCUUCAUUUAGGAGAUUCUUUAAUCCAAAGCUAUUUUGUUGGUGUUUCUGAAUUCAUUAACACCUUACGUGGGGGUUUGACUGACACACUCAAGGUUACUGUAACAUGUUGCACCUUGGAUGAGUCCUUUGACCCCAAAUCCCCAUCCCAAUCCUGUCCCCAAUCCCCAGCCUUAGCACCACACUGCUGCCCAGUGCAGCUGCUCUACACGACUGUUAACUGGCACGAGCGGUCUGCUCCACCGACAGGCCGCCUUGCCUUUUAAUGAAGUGCCAAAUAAUAACCUUGUCCACAAUGCUGCCAGAAACAAAGGAAUGAAAGGUUAGGCAGAAACACAUUACCUCUUGUUUGAAGUCUUGAUACACUGACACAUUAUGCAUUUUAAAUUUCUGCAAACAGAAAUCCCAAGUGAGUUAAUAUAAGCAAGGAGGACAAGUUAGAUUUGACCAAAAAAAAAAAGAAGGUAACAAAUUCAAAGCAAAGCUCAGCUCAGUUAAUAUGCCACAGUGACUAGCCUAACACUUGUGCUCUGGCUGUUGUAAUAUUCAGCAUAAAGCUGGUUUGACCCCUUGACCGAUAUCUUUCACUGAAGAAAUGCUAUGCCUUUCCAUCAUACUGGAAUAUAUUACUGUUUAUAAUUAUUUCUGUGUUUAAGUAGUUUUAUUUCUUUUUUUCUCAGGGUGCUGUGACAAAGGCUUGUACUAGAGCAGUCUAUUUUGUGCAUUUAUUUAACAAAACACAAGCAUACAGUACAUUAAAAGCUUGUAUGAGCAUAUUUUCGUAUACUGUAUCUAUACUCUCCCUGUAUGUAUUCACCAAUAUAGCCAUGUAUUUAGAUCAAGUCCUCUCGAGUCCUGAUCUGUUCCCUACAUUACUUUGGGUACAGUUGCCUUUUAAGUGUGCCCCUCCACAGCACAGGUGGUCGUGGCUUUGAUCAUUAUGCUCAUUAAAUCUUAGAGUUAAUCUUUCUCAGAUGGAUCUCCCCAAGGCUGGCCAGGGCCACUUAGUCUGAGCUCAUUGUUAAAUUGGCUUAGAAUCCACACCCUUCCCCCUUUCCAAUCCCCAAAACCCUGAUGAUUUAGUGUGUAACCAUGUAACAUAUUAGGAGUGUAACCUGUAGAGCAGCCACCUUGCAAUCAUUCAUUGUAUAUUAGGUGUGCGGAGCAACUUCCUUGUUGGUUGUUUUACUUUUUUAAGGUGACAUUCUGAUUGUGUUUCAAGCAGGAAACACCCCCACACACACUUUGACUCAGUUUUGACCAAAUAAGCAACUGGCAGGUUAAUGUAGAUUUCAAGCCCCCUUCCCUCUCACCAUAUCUCAUGCAAAUAUUUCAAUAAAAUGCACAGCCUUCUCAAUCCCAGCAUGAGAAGCUUUUAUUAAGAGAGCAUCUAAAAUCACAGUGGUAAUCCACCCAGCCAGGCAUACCUUGAUUAAAAAUGUAUUAAAAUCCUAGGGCACUGUGAAGAGUAAUAAUUUCAGUUCCAUGUUUUGUUUUGUUUUUCACACCCACUUGGACAGAGAUGUAGAUUUCAAUAAUGCUCCUCGGGAGUGAGACAGCUACUUCCCCAUUACUGGGGAAGAUAGUAGGAAGAUAUGAGCUGGGGAUGGAAGUUCAAAGCCGCAGGAACUGGGAUGCUGGAAGUAGACUCGGACAUGACAAGGGGUUCAAAUCAAUAUUUCCCCAUCUCAGAAGUUUUUGUUAUGGAGCCGAACAACGUCUGUAUCCGCACUGUUCUUCAUGAAUGUAUCCUUACCAUCUGCACCAGCCAUGCUGCCCUUUCAGAGACCAGAGCAAACCAAUGUUUAUGUAAAGUAACAUUUUCAAUCUUGGUCUGGUUAUCAGUUGAGUCCAAAUAUCAAAAGCCAAAUAUCCCUAACAGAUCCAAAGCCUCCAGUGACAAUACGUCCCAUCAAAUAGACGUGGCUUUGCUCCAAUACUUCUCUGUAUGGGUUUGCAAGGCUGCACUUUUUGCAAUUCCAUUAUGCUGCUGGAAAAUUACACCCUGAAAACAAGAGUCUCUUGGUAUGGAAUAGUUUUCCAGUGUAUUGUGACAAUUACUUUGUCUGAUUUUUGUCUAGCUGGUUGUCCAAAGCUUACUUUUUGAAUACAGUGUGGAAACCUGUAUCUUUUGUGGAUGUAACAAAAUAGAAAAGUAGUCUGCAGCACAAUAUGUCGUGGACACGUGAAAGCUUUCAGGCAUUCUUUUCUUGUAGAUCACAGCCCACAGCUCUCCUCUGCACAUCAGGUUAAUGGGCCUUGUGGUGUGGAAGGACAAGCACAUCCAUGCUCAAACUAAAACGGUAAACCAAUACAUUAUGCUCGGGGAGCAAAACCAUUUCCUUAAUGGUCUUUUCCAGCAAGGCUUACACAAGAGAAACGAUUCCUAUCCUCUCAGUGUUUCCCCUCCAGAUCCUCUUCUCUGUGACCAUCACAAGGCCUGAGUAAUGUUCCUAUGCACUUGUUAGCAUGUUUUCCUGGUAGAAAAAUGUUUGUGCUGAGAACUUGCCCCGUUCUUUUUUUGUUUUUUUUUGUCCAAAUGCAUUUGGUUGGGAGUGAGUAAGGAUUGGGAGUGAGCAGAAAGAUAAGUUAUGUGUUUCUGGUGGAGAUGAGAUGAGAAUAAGCUAGCAGAGGAUUUUAACAUAUUGGCUUAGCGUCUCCAAUAGACGUAGACGCGACCACCUCACAAAGAUAUCACAGAAAAAUACAAGGUUUUUCACUUUUGUUUUAUAUGCUGUUAUCAUUUGUAUACUCAGUUCUAUACCAGACACAAUUCCUAUUAAAUUACACUGAACCAAACUUUUCAUUCAUUGAGGAAAUGCUAAGAAAGUUAGCAAACACAAAACAUUCCAUGAUUUUACCUUGUGAAUCUAAAAACCCAUCAAACUGUAUCAUGUUGGCCUUCAGAGUGGGUGUCUGCAGGAUCAAGUGGCUGAUAUUUAAUAUAAUGCAUUCGCACAUCUCCACUGGCUGGGCAAUCCUAAGGAUAACUAGAUUAUAUCUCCCGCGGGAAAUGACUUUCUGUCAUUAUCCUGGAGUCUCAAAAUGAGACUUCCUACACCCAGAAUAGCACAGGCCCCUCCUGCCUUGAUUGCGACAUGUUCAUCUAUGUAACCACUGUGUUCAAGAUCAGCUACAUUCGGAACAAUCUGAGGAGAGAUGCAGUCUGUAGGCUUACAUGCCAUCACAACAGUGUUACUAGGUCUCAAGCAGAUACCAUUUUAAAGACAAUGUAUUACUCCUGAAACUUAUAUUCUGUUUAUGGUGUGUGCUCAUAUUACUCACCAGGCCAAAUGUACAGUCCCUGUCUCUGUUUUGAUGUUGAACUGGGCAAAAAUAAAUGACAUAAAUAAAGAAAUAAAUAAAUAAAACAAGUGUAUCAGAAAUGGUUGAAAUACUGUGUACAUAUUUGAACUUUUGGUUUCUAAUUUAUAAAAGAUAAGCUUUAGCUCUUGGAGUACUUAUUUUAUUUUUUUUCCUUUCAUGCGUAGCUUUGUGUUUUUAUUUUCUAUUUCUGUAAAGUGUGUAAAUAUAUCUUUAUGAUAAUAAGUAAUAUUAAAAAUCUUAUUUUAAGAAAAA